AUGAAUCAAAUACUUUUUCGGAAUUUAUUUGGAAUUCAUUCUUUUAAAAAUAUGUUUAACAAAAAGUCAACCACGAAAAUUCUCUCUGCUCAUCAUAGUUUGUGUAGAACAUAUUCUCGUACAGUACCGGAAAUAGAUAAUGAUAAAUUACCAGACGGACAAAUCCGGUAUUCAACGCACAAAAAAUGGCAUGCUGUAAUGAAUUUUGUCCCAAAGCCGAAAGAUAUACCACAUUAUCAAUAUCCAAUUAUAAUUACAUGUGCUUUCAUAGUUGGAAUAUAUUUUGCCCUCAUCCAUACAAGAUGUGAUCUAGAUGAUAUAUUAGAUGAGAACUUUAAAGAAUUUGAGAAAAUUAAAUUCAACAAAAAAUAG